AUGACCGGCAUGGAGCGCGAUUCCCUUGGAGGCGUGGAUCACUGGACGAUGGAGAAUGCUCAGGACUCCAUCUGCGCUCUCUUGUCAAGCGAUAUACUCUAUAACUCAGACUGCACCACUCACUCCCGAGGCUGCUGGGGGUUCUUUGUGCUGCGCACGGCGUACGCGCCGGGGGACGACGAGCGCGUGGCGGCGGCCAUGGCGCGCCUGGAUGACUGUGUAGAGAACGGCAUAUUGCUGCUUCGCGAGAGCGACGGGGAGACCCUGUCCCACGAAGAGCUGGAUGGCGAGGCCCGCGCGCGCUAUCACAACAUCCUCAUCGAAGACGCCGCGGCCCUCGAUGGGGCGAACCUGGCCCAGGCUCGGGCGUAUUUUCAGUCCUUUGCAGCGCCAUACGUGGUGCAUACCGAGCCGGAGAUCGGUUUCUUCAGCCGCACCGUGCGCUUCCGGCAGUUUAUCCUCCUGGACGACCAGGUCCUGUCCAACCUGGAAACGGUACCGAAACGGGGUGAUGUCAAGGCCUUUGAUGACCUCUUUGACAACAAGAGGCACUGGGUAAAGCUUUUGGAUGCUGAUGAUGAUUCCAUCUACGACGGGUCUUGUGCUUUAAACGUUCGAGACUUGUUGGAUGCUUAUGAAACAAUUGGCCGACGUGACAGAAUGACGCGCUUUCCGAAGAUUGAACCGCCGGAAGGCGAGGAUGAACUUUGGACAUUUUGCGACUUGAUCUGA